GCGGAAUGUAUCUGUAUACAGUAAUACCGUAAUACCUACACUCUCUAAAUUUCAAUUUCAGUGUUUCACCUUCUGAAACGCAAAAACACACAUCAAAAGCCAAUAAGCAGAGAAAGGAAAAUCGAAAAUCGUUUUGCGCCAAAGAUUAGGAACUUUUCUCUCUUUAAUCAAGUAAGAGUUCAACAAUGGUGGAUUUUCUUGCUUGUAUUAUUAUCAUGGGACCGAUUAUGGCGUGAAGAAUUUCAAUCCGAAACAGUAAUUUUAUCCUAUUUAAGGUCUUUGCUUUACAUCUUUAAUGAUGGAUCCUGAAAGUUCAGUGCCUGCUGAACCUCCACAAAUGCUUCCUCCACCACCUGGAAGUUACGCAAAUCGUGAACAACUUAUUGAGCAUGUUGGAGAUUUUGCAAUUUCACAAGGAUAUGUAGUUAUCAUAAAGAAAUCCAGAAAAGAUAAAGCAGUAGUACUUGGUUGUGAUAGGGGUGGUGUUCAUAGGAAUAAACGUAAAUCUUCAGUGACAGAGUCUGCAGAAUGUACUCGUAAACGAAAAAUUAGUUCUCGAAAUGUUAACUGUCCUUUUGAAGUCAUGGGUAAAAAUGAUGGUGGAAUGUGGUAUAUAAUUGUAAAAAAUGGAACUCAUAACCACGAACCUAUGAAGGACAUCGCGGAACACCCGGCUGCGCGUCGAUUUACUGAGGAUGAGGUUUUACGGAUCAAAGAGAUGACAGAAGCUGGCCUUAAGCCACGUCAGAUUUUGAAAAAACUUAGACAGAGCAAUCCAGAACUUUUAUCUACUCCGAAGCAUCUUUACAAUGUCAAAACCAAGCUAAGACAAGGAAAUUUAACUGUCAGAAAAUACAAGUCUUUUAAACCUCAGAAAGUGUCAAUUGGAAGUGCUCAGGUUCCUGGCAAUUCAGUCUCAACUGAGCCAUCUUGGAGGCUUCGAUUCACGAGAAUACCUAAUUUCAUUGGAGGCCAAUUUGUAGAGUCACAGUCUACUGCAACAGUCGAUAUUAUAAAUCCUGCUACUCAGAAAGUCGUAUCUAUACUUUCCUUAACAACCAUUGAAGAACUUAAAGCUGCAGUAUGUGCAGCGAAAUGGGCAUUUCCUUCUUGGAGAGAUACACCAGUCACAUCACGUAAACGUAUAGUGUUAAAGCUUCGAGAACUUAUUCAGAGGGACAUGGAUAAACUUGCUGCUACUAUUACAUCUGAAGGGGGCAAGACACUGAAGGAUGCCUAUACUGAUGUGCAUUACAGCCUUGAGGCUUUGGACUGUGCUUGUGGGAUGGCAACUCCGCAGAUGGGACGAUUUGUUUCAAACAUAUCCAAUGAACUCGAUAUCUAUAGCAUUAGAGAGCCUCUUGGUGUUUGUGCAGGAAUUUGCCUUGCUAAUUUUCCUGCCAUAAUUGCUUUAUGGAUGUUUCCUGUGGCAGUUUUGUGUGGUAACACUUUCAUUUUGAAGUCUUCAAUGAGGGAUCCAGGUGUGUCUAUGAUCCUCGCGGAGUUGGCUUUAGAAGCUGGUUUGCCGAAUGGUGUCCUGAAUACAGUCCAUGGCACUGAUGACGUUGUCAGUGCUAUUUGUGAUGAUGAUGAUGUAAAAGCUGUAACAGUUGCUGCUUCUAAAGCAUAUGGCUUGCAUGUGCACUCAAGAGCAUCUGCUAAAGGGAAGAGAGUUCAGUCUUAUACAGAAGGGAGAAGUCAUAUGGUUGUCAUGCCUGAUGCAAAUACAGAUGCUACUUUAAAUGCUCUUGUUCCUGUGGCUUUUAAAUCUGAAGGAGAAAGGUGCUUUGCACUUAGUACUGUGAUAUUUGUCGGAGACUCGAAGCCAUGGGAAUGCAAAUUGGUAGAACAGGCGAAGGUGCUCAAUGUAAAUGCUGGUACUGAACCAGAUGCAGACAUCGGUCCGGUGAUGAGUAAGCAGGAAAAGGACAAGAUAUGCAAAUUGAUAGAAAGUGCUAUUGAAAGGGGUGCCCGACUCAUUCUUGAUGGCAGAAACAUCAUGGUUUCUGGAUAUCAGCAGGGUAAUUUUAUUGGCCCAACUAUUGUAUGUGAUGUCACUGCAGAUAUGGAAUGCUUCAGGGAGAAGAUGUAUGGGCCCGUUCUUCUCUGUAUGCAGGUUAAGAGUUUAGAAGAGGCUAUUAGCAUUAUAAAUGAAUGCAGACAUUGUAAUGGAGCAUCUAUAUAUACGGCAUCUGGGGCUUCUGCUAGGCAGUUCCAAACACUAAUUGAGGCUUCACAGGUUGGCAUCAAUGUCCCUGUUUCAGUUCGUAUGCCUUUCAUCUCGUCUGGUGACCCAGAGGCUCCGUUUGCAGGACAAACUGGAGUUCUUUUUUAUACUAAACUCAAAACUGUAAGACAACAGUGGAACGAUUUUCCAAAGGAUGACGAAGGUGUACCAAUGUCAGCUUCUCCUACUCCGGAGCAAAUGAUUGCUUAUCAAGAGGGUCUAAAUUAUGAGCAGAGAAUUGAGGGUGUUUGAGUAUAGUGUUUUUGUAUAUAGUGCAAGCUUCAUAUAACUCUUGGAUGUGCCAUUGAUGCUUCAGGCCAAUUUUUUAAAAUUCGAUGUGCCAUUGAUGCUGCUGACCCCUAGGACUAGGACCUUGAAAAUUUUGUUAUUCCAUCAUUAUUCUAAUCUGUUUGUUGGGAAAAAAUAGUCGCAUACACGUUUUUGAGAUAUUUAAAAAUUUCAUGAA